AAGCAGUCGUAGGUAGAGGGCUAGUUUUGUAUAAUUUUCUUGAGUUGCGAGGUUUCCUUGCUGGAAAAAGUUGAGUAUUAAGGAAGUAAUUGAGAAGUUGUGUACUAAAUUUUUUUGUCUCAACCUUUUUGUAAUGGUGUGUGAGUGGUACUUAAGUUCAUGAAACAAAAGACCAUGUUUCCUCUACUCUUCAGAGCGACUCCUGGAGACUCGACAUAGUGAGGCGGACACCAGCUUCGUGGACAUCCCUUGGCCCGGGGAUUCAAAAGCGGUAGUACUGACUGUAAACAUCUGACGGAAGACUCCUAAACUCAACAUCAACAUAGAGAACCAAUUAUUCCUUUCAUGUAUCAAGAAAAGAAAGCAGUUUCGGAGGUGAUACAAGAAUUGUACAAAGAAAAGGCCCGCUGCUGUUGUUGAUAACGAAGACCGACGAAAGGCCUGAGAAAUUGUAGAUAAUUCCUAUUUCUGGUCGUCCAGCGUCGAAAAGUAAGUCGAUCUUCUUAGGAACAACAGAUACAGUACGUAUGAUUAUAAUGAAGGAAAUUUUAGUAGUUUUGUAACCGAGUCAUCGGCGAUGGCAGAAUCCGACUUUUCGGCGCUGCUUGCGGCCCUCGUGGAUCCGAAUACGAAGGUACUAGAGAAGAUGAUAGAUCUUUGAGUUUCAGAUUGGAGAGAAAUUGAAAUUGUACUUCUGGCUACCGAGUCAAUGUUUUGUUUGUGUGUUUUGAUGCGCUCCGGGCGACGCGUACGAUCCCGCCGGAUUUCUUUGUGCUCUGUGUGUGUGGUGCUAUGGUCGUCAUUGCGAUCGACUAUGGUAUGCCUGGUCGCCACAGUCUCCGCCAGCUGCGGCUUUUGUGGCAUGCAGGGCGAGGUGUGCGGCAGGCGGCGGCGACUGCGCGUAGGUAGCGCCUGGCGGUGAGGCGCGGCCGGGUUUGGUUGACGUUUUUACGUUCACAGUCAAUACAGAUGAUAGGAACAAGCGAUAGUACAGGACAAGAUUAGGAUAGGAACAAGAUUACUAAUGAAGUGAAAAUAGGUCCUUUGUUACCAGAGUUCAAUCUCCCCAAGUGUAGCUACAGUAGCGGUUCCAUGACAUGACAAGAUCAUUAUGAUCAAUUCAUGACAUCUAUCGCCUUUGAAAACAUCAAUAUCUUCGACUUUCGUGACGAGGUCUUGGCGGUACCAGAGAGUGGGCGAAGGUAUGGCAAGCAGCUCUUGUUGAGGUUGCGGACGUCGUCAAAGCAAGCGUCAACCCUUGGAUUUGAGACGAGGGAUCGAGCCGAGUACUGUUUUGUGUCUACUUGUUUUCCUUGGAUGCUCGGAACCGAUGUUUUUGGAUAGUCAGGUGUUAGUCCCAUUAGAAGUACCACUGGUGACUAAGAAGUAAAAGAGUAGGAGUCAACUAGAUUUUCCAACUUCAUCAGUGAUUCAUUGUACCAAGAAACCACCAGAUUUUCGGACGAGCUAUUCCUGACCGUUUCUCCAUCACAUGAGCUAUGCGAAGAAGUAACUUCUGGCGCUGCUGUCGCUGGAAAGACUACAAAGGGAGAUUUGAUUUGGCGUCCGAAGGGAGAAGGGGAACAAAGUGUGAGCAAGAGUUCGACAACUGCAGGAGACGGCCACAAUAGUAUUAAGGGUUUCCAUAUUACAUCUUCCGCUGACAUCCUUGACCUUUUUGCAAGUGGAAAGUAGGUCAAGGAUGAUCUGAAGAAUGUAAUUGCGCAACCUCUAAUGGUAGUAGUGCAGAGAGCACAGGCGCAGAUGCUGAGUUUCGCUCGGUGUCUAAAUCUAGUAGCGGUGGUGGGAGAAGUAAAGGCGCGAUAAGUGGUGCAAGGAAUUCUUCCUCUUCUGGAGUGUCAAAAACCGUCACUACUCCAAGUGUCAACGCACCUUCUAUAGCAGGAGCUUCUAUUCAUGCGUCCUCUAGCACUUCGGCCAGAAGAAACUCGAACUCUGUGAGCACUGGCACGUCUAGCGCAUCAUCUAGUAGCUCUUCCUCUUCCAGAAAGGGCAGCAAAAGUAAGCUCGUGGAGGUUGGAGCAGGGAACAGAGGAGGACACGUGACUGAAAACCAUUUGGGAAUGUACUUAAAAGCAGCUAAAACGAAGGGGAAAAACAAGGCUGCACAUCCAAACUCAUCUUCGACUAGCAAUUCAGUCUCUGAACAACAACAGCAACAAGCCGAACCUCCCGUUCAACAAAGGCAAGAGAGUACAGCAAGACCAACUCCUGAGCCUCCGAAGAAAAAGGCUACACGGUCUUGGUACAGUGUCAGUGCUGUCGAACAUGAAAACGACUGUACCACGCAGAGUGUGAGUGAGGAAGAGGUCGUCACUGCGGCUCCACCAAAGAGCUGUUGGGGCACUGUAGAUGCCACUGCAAAUGGGGAUGUUAUGCUUGUCUUGCUAAAUGAUCUCACUCUACUAAGUACACUCCGUCAAAGGUCAGAAGUAUACUCCAUCAAAUUACGAGGUGUCAUCUGAAGAAUCUGAAGAUGUAUCGCCUAUUUACUGCAAUCAAAAAUAGCAUUCUAAGAAAACCGAACCCGCAGAAGCAGACGUGCGGAGAGGAAGAAAAAGAGGAGGUAGGAAAGCGGGGAAGAGGGAUAAGAACCCGGAGACGUCACGACAGGCAAGUACUAAGCGCGUUGCUCCGGUCGGACCAAAAACAGAUGCUCCUCCGAAUCUUGGGUUAGCCAAUUUUGCUGCUCAGGUAGUUUUUUGUGAGUGCUUCCAAUUCAGUGAGCGCAUAAGGUUCACCACAGCUUUCAUGAGUAUAAUUGCUUGAAGUGUAAAAGUGCAACUGCUAGUUGUACUAGAAGAGGAUGGGACGAACACGACGUUUAUCUCCUAAGUCCACACAUCAAGUACAGGGUUAGUAGUGUUGUACCUCACUUCACCUCAAGCCAAAAGUAUCUCUCCCCCUUUAAAAACAGGAAUCGUUUUUUCUGAGGCCGUCGAAGAAACUGCGGAACCAGUUUACUGUUCAAGAGCAGCACACGGCCGGACUCUGCACGUAUUGUUCAAAUGUCCGUGGAAUCAAUGAGGGUAUCAGGUAGGAGAGUGACUAGACCUACACGUCGUUGGAUAUCUUCUCCUCCCUUUUGAAAGAAUUAUAUGGAAGAUCCUCUUCAUUUCAUAAUGAAAUAAUAUCUUUCACACCCCACGAAUGGGUACACCACUACUACUACUAUUCUCUUCAUUUUUUGAAAGAAUCUGAAUUAUGGACCUAGCAUAACCUAACCCUACUGUUACACCAGGCCAUGCCAGUUUUUCUUUACGCCGAAGGGAUGUAAAGCUGGUGAUGCCUGUAAAUACUGCCAUGCGUGCGACCGCGCACAAUCGAAGGCCUAUAAAAAGGAAAAGAAGAAGAUGCUCAAAGUCGUGAACAAUCCGUUGACGCAAUGGUACGAAAGAUAUUUUAUUAGUACUUCUAACCACUUGUUCUAGUUCUACUUUAGAAUUAGGUAGAUGAAGUACGGUUGGUUUCUUUUCCCAACUACAGAGUGCUGGCAUGUAUUGGAGGAUGCAAAAAUCCUGAGUAGCUCAUGUUUUGUUUUUUGUCCGCGCUAGAAAGUUGUAAAUGGUUUUCGUUUUUCUGGCAAUCGUGAAAAAUCAAUCAGGUGCCAUGGUGAUAUCAGGUUGUUUCACCUUUCGGUAUCACCUUUCCCCAAAAAUUUUCUUGCUUUUCAAUCUAUCUACUUAUCUAGCUAUCUGUCUACUUCAUCUUUUCUACCAGGUGUUAUCCCCAAGAGCCGAUGUGUUUUCCUGGUGCGGAUGGGAUGCUAUACUGCUAUUACCCACCGUCAGCGACAGACACGGGUACUGGGAUGAUCGCCCAAUUACCCAACGUACCUGGCCUGCAGAACGGGGCGACCUUUCCGCUAGUAUCAACCUGCUUUACCGGUGAGGAAGGAGAGGCCGCUGAGGAGAAUUGGGAUGAGGAACGAAGCGUGGGAGAAGCGUGGGAUGAGGAAAGCGAGAGUGCUAAAGUCGUGGAGCCAAGAAUGUUAUGAAAAUGAAAACCGCAUACUGAUGAUGUGCAUCUACUCGCCGAUAUGCCUAAGAUUUACCUGGCGCAUACUAAACGAAUGCAAUCUUCUCGCUAUUUGACUGGUCUUGAGAGCAAACUAAAUCAAGAAUAUAAUUUCAACACCUCUGACCUCUAACCGGACCAACCGCGACUGCCUCACCAAACACCUUGAAAUCCGAAGCUGUGCCGUUUGUGCCUGGCAGGUCAUCGCAUGUGGGCCAUCAGCUUGUUGAGGGUGAGGCAUUACCAUGGGCAUUGCCUUCAGAAUCGAAAGCACAAGCGCCAAAUUCCUUCCAAAUGAUGCGCACGUCCUGGACGACAGGAGACUUGACCGACAAGAUCAUGAAUAGCAGUACUAAACAUGAUUGUCUAUUCGAAAAACUGAAAUAAGCAAGUAACUCCUCAGAAUAACCGAGGGACUGACGAGAAGGAAGAGUAGCCUUGACGUUAAGCUACGCCCCUUAUUUCAGUCAGUAACUCGGUUAUUUCAGUUUUUCGAGUACUUCAUUUGAUGCUAUGAGGUCAUUGUACUAGAUGGCAAGAGCACCUGACCGCAACAACAAAGUUUAAAUUGUAACGUAACCACCAGAUUCCACUACUACUACCAAGUCGAGUCCGAAGCGCGAGGUCGUCGACGUUACCCAAGGUGCACUCGGCAGUGGCCCUGGGGAAGGUCGUAAAAUCGGAACUAGACCUAGAAAAGUACUGAAUAUCGCCACGAGUCCAGAACAGGGUGUCUCUCAGCGUCCGAAAGAAGCACAAAGAACGGGCCGUUAGCGUGGAGGGGAUGGUAUCUUGAUAACGGAGUGUGGAGAAUGGUCUCUUAAUGUUAGAUCUCAGAACAUUUCACUCCGUGCCUACAUUUCUCCCCAUCCCAAGCUUCUGUUUACUUGAGAGUGUGAAUUAAUAACAUAGAGUGGGAACCAUACGUUGCGUGGAGACACUCGUAGUACUGUGACGUGAAAGAUUGAUGGAGGGUUAAGGUCUGUUAGUGUCCAGAGGAAUUCAUGAGUCACCUUUUCAAUUGUACAAAGGUAAUGGACGGAGAAUUGCGAACGUGUAAGCUGCAGAAAAAAGCGUGAGAAGUAGGAGAUUCAUUCUUCCAAUUUUUACAAUUUUCUUCAUCAACAAGAUAUCACUAAUACUUCGUUUGUGUUUUUUCCUAGUUAGAGCUCCACGACAAAUUAAGUAUAUCAACAGGAAGUUUAAGUUUAUAAGACAAACAAAGACCCCUGCGAGUCCCCCGGCACCUAUUUUUUUUCGCGAUUAUAGUCAACGUAGAUUAGUUACUAGAAUAUCAACAAUGUUCAACUGUUUUCACGAACGCACAACAUCUUUUGAAUGCGCGCAACAAGUUUUACUAAAGGGUUUUCAGUUCAAAUGAACGCGAAGAUGGUGUCAUCAUCUUCUUCUUCUGCUUAAGUACCACUGGUGCAGUUGUAAGGGCAACCGAACGCUUAAAUGCAAUAGAAAAAGCCGUGCACCUUCAAAUUAGAGGAAUCAAUCAGAUGUGAGUAGCUUGUACUUCAAAGGCAAUUUUUUUUUUACAGAUUGUGCGUAGGGUACAGAUAUGGAAUUUUCACAACAGCUUCUAGUCUGUUUAGGGUAUAUCGCGAACUGUUUGGGGUACAUGUGAUUUUCUGCAAAAUUAUUUGAGGGGGAAGUUUGUUGUACCAACUGGUGUGGUUGGUAUUUCGAAAACCAGAGUCUAGGAGUACUACUAGGGAUGCGAGUGAGUGAAUGUUUUUGGGAUACGGGAACAAGAAGUAUAUCAGUCUUUUUAUGAACGAAUAGUUGGCGUGAAAAAUUCAGAAAAAGAUUUCGAACUAUCUGCGAUGCUGCGUGACGCUCUUCUCCGAUGCGUGGACUUAUCUUGAAGGUUGUAG